UGUAAAUUAUAGCUACGUAUGACUAGGUUUCCUCACCAAGAAAUUAUUUCUGAAUUUAGAUUCGAAUCGAUUAGAUUAAUUUAUUAGUCACAUACAUAGCGUCGCAGAUGUAAUUGCAGGGUACAGUGAAAUUCUUAAGAUCUGAACUCCCAACAGUGCAGGUCAAAAAGAUAAGCGAAUGAAACAAUAUUAAUAUUAAUAAUAAUAUACACCAUAUAUACAUAUUUAUUUACAACAUUUACAAACCAACAGCCUGCAUUCAUCCAGUUUGUAUAAAUGAUGAUAGAAGUGUGACAUGACUGUAAUGAGUAUCUUGGACAAAUAGGCAGUUGGCUUAAUAAAACAUUUAUUCAUAAUUGGCAAUAUGUGGGCCUGCCCUGAUUAUAUCAGCUUACCACAUCUGUCUUCCCUCACCAAACCCAUCAAUGAUUAGAUUUAUUUGACCAUAAUAAUUUGUUUGGUCCAUAUUAUUGACACUAAAUAGAUGUUAUUUUAACCGUAGCUGUUAAAAGUCCAACAGUGGGAGUGUGCAGCAGACUAAUGAUGGCGCGACUUUAAUUCCUGACUAUUUCAUUUAUGGCCAACAGAGGGCAACAUUUAUCCAUAAAAUACGAUUAAACCUCACUGAACCAAAGUGAAUAGGGUUACAUUGUAAACUUUAUAGAGAUUUCGUAUGUGAUCAGAAACGAUGCAUUCAUUUCCCAGAGUGGUCGCACUGUGUUAUUGUAGUUGACGUAAUCGUGUACAAUGGCAUGACGUAAUAUAUGAGCCUAUGACGUAAACGCACUCAAGAGAAGGUUCAGUGCCUACUUCUGGCUCAGUUGAGUUGAUGAUUUACAAAGGAGAGUCAUCCUCAUGUUCAAAUAAAUCACUUUGAGUGGACAAAGAUGACAUUCUGUGAGUACAGCAAAACGGGCAAAGAUUUUGUAAAAAAAAAAAUUGAAAUGUAUUUUAAAAUGUAUUUGUUUAUAAAAAAUGUCAGGUCCAAUCUGAAGGGUGCCUGAAAGCACAAUGGAUAGAAAUCAUAAACGGUUGAGAAUAAUUCUUCAAAAAGUAAGUCUCAUAAGUGAUUAAAAAAAUGUUUUUGUUAAUUCUGGGGCUUUCUCUCUUGAUAUGUAAUGGGGCUAUCUUCUUGGUAGUAUAGCCUAUAUGCUGCAAAAACAGAUUGACAUGAUUUAUAGUUGGAAAAGUGGGCAUAAUAAUGGAGGGCUUAAGUUAAAUGUAUUUCCUUAUGAUCUGUACCCCAGGCUGGGACCCUCCAAGCUAGCGCUGGAGAGCAGGUGCUCCAGACAGACGUCAUUUCCGCUGGCCAUGAUGGAGUAAGGCUGCCAGCCCUGGGAGACUGCCCCAAGGACAGCCCUCUAAAGGUGUCCUGCCAGCUAUCAAGAAGGGCACUAAAGUUACUCAAAUGGAGACAACAGAAACCCCAGGUCCCCUGACACCUAAUGAUGGGGAGAUAAUGAUCUCCUCUCCAUCUGUUGAUGACCUCCUGACCCCAAAGAGUGAUGUGACGUCCGAGGCUAAGAGCGAUGAUGCCUCCUGUCCAAUUUCACCUGAGGCGUUCUCUCUAACGAACUUCCUGAAGUCUCACCCUCAGAGAAAGCUUAUCAGGAAGUUCCUCAAACAAAUGAACGUGACAAUAGGCGACCUGGACGAAAUCAUCGAGUGGGUGGUGUGUGUCUCCAGUGAGGUGUUCCUCCCAGUGAUGGCUCUGCACAGGACCUCCAGACCAGAGUCGUCAGACUCGUCCCGCUGGGGGUCAGGUGUGCUCCAGAUCGUCUCUGAAAAGUUCCACCAGCGGAGUUCUGAGCCGAAGGGAAGGCUCCUGGGCGGGCAGCCGCCCACUCCCCCUUCUGAGAACGACAAGGAGCUUCAGGGCAUAGCAGAUCUGUCUGUGGGUAACAUCCUGAAAAGGGCCCAGGAGGACCUCUUCUCUUCUGGCGAGGAUGACCUGGAGAACACCCAUCCAGGUAUUACUCUGACAGAAGAGAAGCUGUCCAGAAUCUUCUCAGAGCUGUUCAGGGAUGCCUGUGAGAGUGCCCAGGAGGCCGCCAGACAGAUCCACCACAUGAGGACUGGAAGAGGCAACAACAGCCAGAAUGGGAGUUGGCCUGGGUCGUCACAGGGAUCAAGCAAAUCCAACAUGCCAGAGUUGGGAGAACUGGGGUCAGUGAGGAGUCCCAAGGGAAGUGACGUCCAUAAAGUCCUUAGCGAGGGGUCCCUCCCUGUCUUUGCCCUGUUUGAGGAGAGGCCAGGGGAAGUUGGGGAGACCAGCAGCCCUGCUGGGGAGAUGGACGAGACACAGACUGCCAGCACUCCCAGCAUUCCCCGGUCUGGGCAUGGCGGCAGAAGGAGUAGCCAGACCACCACUCCCACCCCCGGCCACAGAGAGGCAGGAUUCACAGCCAGUAACAUCUUUGAUGUUAUUAUUCAUCUGGCGCACUCUGACACUGACCGGGAACUCCACCAGGAGUUCAGCAGUGAGGAUGAUGUUUCACUGAAUGACAUCAUGGACAUGAAGUCAACCCCGGCAGUGGAGCCCCUGGGUCAGAUCCUGUCCUCAUGGAAGCUGGUCAACAUGAUCUUCAGGGGGAAGGUCCACUACUUUGGGAAGGAGCUCAUCUGCAAGGUGUAUCAGAUGCUUCUGGACACCGGUAUGGGCAGGAGGCCAAUGGCCCGCCAGAGCAGGUCCGAGCCCAUCCUGAAAGACCUGGCUGCCAACCGUAGGCUCUCCAAUGAAUUCUUCACAGACGUGCUGUACAUGUUCAUCCAACGGGCCAUUAAGAAUCUGCUGGAGAACUUCUUGGGUCUGCCGACCACCCCACCAGGCAGAGACAUUAUGUGGAAUGACAACUUUAACUGGAUGUAUAGGGACGGCUGGGGGAACACCCCCACAUCCAGCGAGGAGGAAUUGUGGGACAGCGACUCCACCUGGUCAAGUGGGCAUGGGGAGGAGGAAGGGACAGAGUCCCGUGGGAGGUGGGCCGCUCUGUUGGAGAAGGGCAGCUUCCUGACCCUCCAGUCCUCCAGCUCCCUCUCCCUCUCCGAUGACAACAAGGAGGCACUAGGGGCCGUCUGCCAAGUCCUGACCACCAGGGUGGGAGACAUCCUGAACAGUACCUGCAACGACGAUUGCAAGGCCAGGCUCAUCAUCCAGAAAGGAUUGGAUUCCGGUGCCAGGGAAAGGUUCCCUGACUUUCCGUGUCCCUCUUCACCCAAGGACGAAGAGGAGGUGGUUGUGAGUGCCAUGACUGUCUCAUACCCUAAACCCUCCACCUCAACCCAGGCAGCAUGGGCAGCUCCUGCCCAGACUCUGGAUGUUUUUCUGCCCAGACCCUGCCUGGAUGAAGAAGAGGUAGUGCCCAGCACCUCCUUGAAGGACAACUCUGUGACGACCACCCAUGCAGCACUGGCAGCUCCUUCCCAGACCCUGGUAGAAGAGGUGGGAGAAGCUGAGGUGUCCAACGUGAGUGAGUGCUCCCUGAUGCCCACCAAGGCCCUUGAGAAGAUUCCCUCCCUCCUACCAGGCAAGAUCCUUAUCGAGGAGGACACCCUCAGUUGCAGCACUCCCUGGGCCACCGUCAUGAGCCCCCAGACCCUGAAGUUUAUCCUCCACGGCAUCAUGUGCCGACUGGAGGCCUCAGAGUCCCCCCAGACAAGGAGGGCCAAUGACCCCUUCAGGCUGAUGAAGGAUCUCUUUCUGGAGGUCCAGCAUGCCCUGAAGUAUGCUGACAUCUCUGUCCUCUUUGGCCUGGAGGAGAGCAUCCAAUUCAUUGGGGAGGAUGCGGUGAAGGCCAUCGUGAAGACUGCAGCUAAAAGAUUGUCCCUGCGUUCGGACUCCAACCGGGCUCAACUGCGUGCCGCGCGCUCUGGUGGUGAGGCAGCCAUCAGGUGCAUGGCGGACACCAUCACACAAGUCAUAGAUGACUAUUCCGAGGACUGGAGUUCCGGCGGCCAUUUUGGAGCCAGGAGGAGCCGUGCUAGUGGGAGGUCACACUCCUCAACCUCCUCAAGGAGUGACGUCACCCUCACCGAGGAGCUCCUGGCCCGGAGGGAAUCCCUUGAAGAGGACCUAGCGGAGAUGGCUGAUGACAGCACUGGUUUGGAGAAGACCAUUGUAAGCUCAGCCAUCUCUGCCAAGUCCCAGGUAAUUAGCUACAUUUCUGAGAGCUCCGAGCCCAACAGCUGUGCCCUCUUCACAGACCUCGAGGACAUCACCUCCACACAUGUGAGACAGACAAGAACUAGUAGAUCGUUUAGUUAUUUGGGCUGUUUGAUUGUGAGGCAUCAACUCAAAUCUGUUUCUCUCUCUACGAAGGAGAAGGAUAAGGAAGAGGCUAUGAAGGAAGAAGUGAGGAAGUCAGGAAAGAAGAGGCGAAGAAAUAACAAGGACCAGAAGAAGAACAAGGUGUCUCCUCUUGGCAAUGAUAGUACUGUGGCUGCAGAUGAGCCGAAGAAAAAACAGGCUCUCCUCCCGCGGAUCACAGCUGCCCUGGCAAGACUAUUUUGCUUCCCCUGCAAAAAAAGAUGCAAAAAGUAACUGCAGAGACGAGUUUGGGAAACCCUGAUACCACCUCCCACAACCCACUUUCUAAAAAAACAUCAGUGCCACCAGAAGAGGGAGACAACCCCCCCCUAUUCACAACUCAUUUUAUUACCCUCCCCCAUUUAAUUUAAUAAACACAACUUUCAGCUAUUUUGAUCUUCUUUACUUUUUUUUUUACAGACCCACCUGCAUGCUAUAGAUUUGUAAGGUCAAUUUGC